UCUGCUCCCUCCCACUUCAUUCACUUGCAAAUCAGUGUGUGCCCACAAGAGCCAGCUCUCCCGAGCCCGUAACCUUCCCAUCCCAAGAGCUGCAGUUUCAGCCGCGGUAGCAAGAACCGCAGAACCGGCGAGCGCAGCGGCGGCGGCGGCAGGAGCAGCCUGUGCGGGUCGCAGGGUCUUCCCCGGGCUUAGGAAGGCAAGCAGAGAUAUCGUCUGAGAGCCAAGCAAAGAACGGUAAGGAAGAAAGGAGGAAUGAGGCUGGAUACAGCACAGUGAAAAAAGAUACUUCAAGGAGAGGAGGACCCACUGCCCAGAGACUGGACUGACUCAUCAGAAUGAGAACUUACCGGUACUUCUUGCUACUCUUUUGGGUGGGACAACCCUACCCAACUGUCUCAACUCCAUUAUCUAAGAGGACUAGUGGUUUCCCAGCCAAGAAAAGAGCCCUGGAGCUCUCUGGAAACAGCAAAACUGAGCUGAACCGUUCGAAAAGGAGCUGGAUGUGGAAUCAGUUCUUUCUCCUGGAGGAAUAUACGGGAUCCGAUUAUCAGUAUGUGGGCAAGUUACAUUCAGACCAGGAUAGAGGAGAUGGAUCACUUAAAUAUAUCCUUUCAGGAGAUGGAGCAGGAGAUCUCUUCAUUAUCAAUGAAAACACAGGGGAUAUACAAGCCACCAAGAAGCUGGACAGGGAAGAAAAACCCGUCUACAUCCUUCGAGCUCAAGCUAUAAACAGAAGGACAGGGAGGCCUGUGGAGCCGGAGUCGGAAUUCAUUAUCAAGAUCCAUGACAUCAACGACAAUGAGCCAAUUUUCACCAAGGAAGUUUACACGGCCACUGUUCCCGAGAUGUCUGAUGUCGGCACAUUUGUUGUCCAAGUCACUGCCACUGAUGCUGAUGAUCCGACUUAUGGCAACAGUGCUAAAGUUGUCUAUAGCAUCCUACAGGGGCAGCCCUAUUUUUCAGUGGAAUCGGAAACAGGUAUCAUCAAGACAGCUUUGCUCAACAUGGAUCGAGAAAACAGGGAGCAGUAUCAAGUGGUGAUUCAAGCCAAGGACAUGGGCGGCCAGAUGGGGGGAUUAUCGGGGACCACCACAGUGAACAUCACGCUGACAGACGUCAACGACAACCCUCCCCGGUUCCCCCAGAGUACAUACCAGUUUAACACCCCGGAAUCUUCGCCCCCGGGUACAUCAAUUGGCAGGAUCAAAGCCAGCGAUGCCGACAUGGGAGAAAACGCUGCCAUUGAGUACAGCAUCACAGAGGGAGAGGGGCUGGACAUGUUCGAUGUCGUCACUGACCAGGAAACCCAGGAAGGGAUUAUAACUGUCAAAAAGCUCUUGGACUUUGAAAAGAAGAAAGUGUACACCCUCAAAGUGGAAGCCACCAACCCUCACGUUGAACCCCGCUUUCUCUACCUGGGUCCAUUCAAAGAUUCAGCGACGGUCAGAAUCCUGGUAGAAGAUGUAGACGAGCCCCCCGUCUUCAGCAAAGUGGCCUACAUCCUACAAAUAAGAGAAGAUGCUCAGAUAAACACGACAAUAGGCUCAGUCACAGCCCAAGACCCAGAUGCUGCCAGGAAUCCUGUCAAGUAUUCGGUGGAUCGACACACAGAUAUGGACAGAAUAUUUAACAUUGAUUCUGGAAAUGGCUCCAUUUUUACAUCGAAACUCCUUGACCGAGAAACAUUGCUGUGGCACAACAUCACAGUGAUAGCCACUGAGAUCAAUAAUCCAAAGCAAAGCAGCCGAGUACCUCUAUAUAUUAAAGUUCUAGAUGUCAAUGACAAUGCCCCAGAAUUUGCUGAAUUCUAUGAAACCUUUGUCUGUGAAAAAGCAAAAGCAGAUCAGUUGAUUCAGACCCUCCGAGCAGUUGACAAGGACGAUCCUUACAGCGGGCACCAGUUCUCAUUCUCUUUGGCCCCGGAAGCAGCCAGUGGCUCCAACUUUACCAUUCAAGACAACAAAGACAACACGGCAGGAAUCUUAACUCGGAAAAAUGGCUACAGUAGACACGAGAUGAGCACCUAUCUCCUCCCCGUGGUCAUUUCAGACAACGACUACCCAGUCCAAAGCAGCACGGGGACAGUGACUGUCCGGGUCUGUGCAUGUGACCACCACGGGAACAUGCAGUCCUGCCACGCCGAGGCCCUCGUCCACCCCACGGGACUGAGCACUGGGGCUCUGAUCGCCAUUCUUCUGUGCAUCGUGACCUUACUAGUGACAGUGGUGCUGUUUGCAGCUCUGAGGCGGCAGCGGAAAAAAGAACCUUUGAUCAUUUCCAAAGAGGACAUCAGAGACAACAUUGUCAGCUACAACGACGAAGGUGGCGGAGAGGAGGACACCCAGGCCUUUGAUAUCGGCACCCUGAGGAAUCCCGAAGCCAUAGAGGACAGCAAAUUACGCAGGGACAUUGUGCCUGAAGCGCUUUUUCUACCCCGACGGACUCCAGCAGCUCGCGAUAACACCGACGUCCGCGAUUUCAUCAACCAAAGGCUAAAGGAAAAUGACACGGACCCCACGGCUCCGCCUUACGACUCCUUGGCCACCUACGCCUACGAGGGCACUGGCUCCGUGGCCGAUUCCCUGAGCUCGCUGGAGUCGGUGACCACGGAUGGAGACCAAGACUACGAUUACCUUAGUGACUGGGGCCCUCGGUUCAAAAAGCUCGCGGAUAUGUACGGAGGGGUGGACAGUGACAAGGACUCCUAAUACGUUGCCUUUUUUCAUUUUCCAGUACGACACUGAAAUACGUGAAGUGGCUAUUUCUUUCUAUUUAUCCACGGCUCCGUGAAGGGUUCUCGGUUCUGCCCGUUCCAAAAGUCAGUGGCUGCAGUCGUGUGGAUCCAAUGUCAGAGACUUUUUUCUAAGGACACUUUUAUGAGCUUCCUAGGGGCAAAUGUUUAUUUUUUAGUGCAUCCAGUUAACCAUGUCAGCCCACCAGGCACCGUGCUGGAGAUGAGGACGGAGAGCAGUGACACACUCAGUUCCGCUGGCCUGGCCUGGCCUCCUACAUGCCAUAGACUCAGGUCAGCUGGCUGUGCUGACUGUACAUUUCACACGCUAAUGGGAUGAGGGGCUGUACUUUAAGUAUAAAAUACAGUGUUAGUACAAGAAAUGAGGGAGGAACAACUGGGAAGUUGUUCUUGGCAUAUCAGACCACAAGGAGAUAACGAACUGCAUCUGGGUGUGUAUUUCUGUCAUAAAGAAUUUAAAAUGGCAUUCGUCCAUCCCUUAUUCUUCAAGAACUUUUUCUUGCACCAAUGAGUACUCAAAACAUGAAAUCCACCAAUAUGUUAAGAGUCUCGUCCCUCUUUAAGAAUAGAAGCAAGUUAAAUGGUAACAUUCAAAACCAACAACCAAAAAAAUAAUAAGACCUCAUUCCUUACCACUAACUCAUAAUUUGCUAUAUAUUAGACAUACUAAAGUUUGCCUUAGUACCAUACAAAGGGAAAGGGGAAAUAGCUAAUAAUGUUAACAAAGGAAAUAUUUCGUAUAUUUCAAAGUUUGGGCCACCGAAUGUACCACAGAUGACUUGAAAUUAUUUCAACCAGCAGUAGGUUAUUUACAAAUAAGUCUAACUGUUUAAAAGUUCUUGAAGGAAAUUUUCUGGGAUACAUUUUUAACUCCUUGUCUGUAGUUGUCGUCAGUAUUAUUCUAAUAUAUACUUGAAAGUAGCAGUGUGAAGUACAAUAAUUCAUAUUCUUCAGAUACUUCUUACAAAAUUAAGUUUCAUUAGUAAAGGUAGAUUAAAUAAUCUUAAAUCCCGCUCUUGGAGUUUAAUGGGGCGGGGAAAGCCAGCCACACUUGAACCUAAUACCCUGUCCUUCACAUCCAGAAACACCUAUAUACUUAUAUAACGUGAUAGAUAUAGAUGAAAGUUAAAGUCAUGAUGACUUCAUAUGACAUGUUUGGAAGGCGCUUACAAAGGGAAAACUUGGAUUCCCUUCAACAAGGGAGCUUCAGAUUAUAAUUAAAAUGAUAGUUGACUUUCAAAAGCAUUAAUAUUUUUUCAUUGUUUUUAACUUUGUUUCCAUGGCAACCUUGCCAUCCUUGUCUUUGAACUAAUGAUAAAGUAAUGGUCUCAAACUAUGACAGAAAAAGUAAUGUAAAUUCAUCCAAUCUAUUAUUUCUCUAAUUAUGCACUGAGCAUUAUAAGUUAUUAUCCAGAGGACCCAACUGAACUGAACUAAUCCUUUUGGCAGGUUCAAAUCAUUUACUUCAUACAGCUCUUGUAAUGAUUUUUAUCAUUAGAAUCUUACAUGUGCAGUCAUCAAAAAUUUCCAAAGUACUGUAAUGAAAACAUCCUUAUUUUGGAAACUAAAAAAAAAAAAAAAAAAAAAAAACAGGCACUGUAUAUAUAUAUA